CGACUCCAGUGCUCGUGGGCAAACCGCUCUGAUUUGGUUUCAUCAAUGUGUUGAAUCGUCCUAGUGUCAAUAUGUUGCUUCAGCUGCUGCUUCUCUAUUUCUGUGAUAGAGCCAGCUCUGCAGGCUAUGUUGCCGUUCAGCUCCCCUAUGCCAACCCGGCUGGAAUAAACUACAUCAAUGGACAAACACAUUAUCAAGCAGGUCUGCUAGCAGGACCAGUACGAUAUCCGGUAUCAGUGGCAGCUUCGCCAGCACAUGCCACCCACAACUUCCAGGUGAUCGGGACUCCCUCUUAUUAUUCGUAUAAUCUACCAGCUUCUGUACCUGCGGCUUCGUACCCGUUCCACUAUUAUAAUCCAGCAGCACAAACGCCUUUCGUAUAUGCUGCAGCCCACCGUCCAUCCGUAGUGGCUGUACCCCAACCUGUUCAUCCCGUUGUACCACAGUAUCAUCCAGCCGUCCAUCCAGUACAGUUUCCGACUGCAAGUGCCGUCCCAGCUCGCGUUCCAGCUGUGGCUGUAACUCCAGUUUCACACAUUGCUCCAGUUGCUCCUGCAUCUACAACAGUAACUAAAACAAUCACAAAAGAGGAAGAAUCCUACUCCUCGAACACCGAAUCCCCUAUCCAUGUCAUUAAGUCCCGCAAAUACAAAGUGAGGAGACCUGCAAUUCAAAACCAAUUCUAUGACAUCGAAGAAAGAGUAAUCGUACGACCGGUUGGUAGUGCUCUAGUUGAACUAGAGCAUCCCAUAUCGAAAACACAAACAAGCGUCCAAACUAAAACUGUUCAAACCAAAUCCGGAGAAUCGAGCGACGGUUACGCGGUUACAACUGAAUCAACAGUAACCCGAAGACCACCAGUAAUCCAAACUCAUACAGUUUACCACCAAACACCAGCUCAGCAGACACCAGUUUUUGCUCCACAUCCUGUAAUUGUCCACUCUAGUAAUACAGGCCAGGUUGCCCAUCCGGUAGCUUUACCUCCAAUACAAACUCCAGUUUAUGUGAAUCAUGUUCAACCUGUUUACGUACAAACGACUACCGUCCCGACAUUAGUGACAUUUAAACCUCAGCAUGACAUAACGUAUCCGACUGUAAGCACUCCAGUUCCAACCACAGUUUCCACAGUUACUGAUGAUCACGGAGUAGAUUAUGAUGAUUCGAUAGUAGUGGAAGCAAGAGGCGGUGCACGCACUCUUCACGAAUCAACUUCAACGCAGGCUUCACGAGAUUAUUCAACAACACCUGCUAAAUAUCGCAACCGUCCAUGUGAUGAUUAUGACGACGUAGAAGAUUCUCCCAAACGGGGCGAUGUAGCAAUUACGUACGCCACGGAAGCUACUCAUCAAAGCCUAUCGCGAGAGGAAGAAAACAGUACAAUAGCAACAACCUCAGAAAAUUCGGAUGUUAUGGUUAAUGCUUCAAUUAAAAAUGUUGAUGUUAAUGCACGAUUUGCAGCCAAGGAUGAAAAUCAAUCUCAAGCGAUUAUAGUUAGGGCUGAACCAAAAUCUCAAUCCCGUAGUGAAGACUUCAGUGAAACUACCGCUUCUUCUCCAAAAGUGAUUAUCGGAAAUGGUUUAUCUGCAGAAAAAGCACGAUCGAACCAGGAACAGUUCAUUCGGUUACUCUCUGAACGAGAUUCCAUUUCGGAGGUCGCAUACGGACCCAAUACUGAUACUUCCAGCAGUUUAAUAAACACCUAUGUAAGAAGCCGGGUACUUUCUGCAACACCAGCACCACAUGACGCGAAAGAAAGUAGUAAAACUGUGAAUAUCCGAAGAAUCAUAGUAUCACGUCCUAUCGAGACUGAACAGGAGAUUGAGGUACGAGAACACGAUCUAGAUUAUGAUUCGCACGGCGGUAACCACCAGAUCGCGUCCAGCUCGGAACAGGUUCCUGUGUAUACGACAGCGAAACCACCGGCUUUUGCCAACGACCAAGUCCAGUGAAUUCCGU